AUGGACAUGAUCGACUCCAAUAGAAAGGCCAGCCUGCAUGCAAGGGAUGCCACCAAGCUCACACUGUCCAUCCACACUAUCCGCUAUCCAGAUACUCAAAUUACCCCAAAAUGGUCGCCCUCAACUCCACAGUCGAAAGGCCAGACUCCGCCCUAUUCACAGGAUAGGCGCCAUCCUCACCACCACAAAAUCCAAAAAUGGCACGUACCACGUCCGCCAGAACAAACAAUCCUCGUCGCUGAACUUCUUCGGAAGGCCGCCUCAAAACGAGUCACGGGGACAAUCAACCACCUCAGCUUCGACACGGUCAUGGAAGUGCACGUUGCGGGUCUCUGCCUCGGAGCAUUCACAGGGAACCCACAGUUGUCGUUUACGAUCGGGGUGGAUCUGGAGUGCGCGAAUGGCGAGCUCCAGCUCACGGCUGUGGGGGAUGAUAUCUAUCUCAAGGUUGAUAUGGCCUUGGUGCAGGUCGGGAAGGACAAGAAAGCUGAGCGGGUGAAACUAUCCGAGUCGGUUUGUAUCAAGAGUCUGCCACAGGAGUUGUGUGAGCCGUGGAUGCCGACGCAAUAG